AUGACCGGUGCAUCGGCGGUUCUGCCUGCGCACGGGCUUUCUGCACGUUUGGCUGUGAUGCUCGGGGCUGUGGCUCUCGGUUCUUCGCUGUUAUCGAUAGCCACAAUAUUGGGCUUUCAGAGGCAAGUUCGACGCCGGCGCAAACGAGCGUUGAAAAAAGAGGCAGCUCAACAUCCGCCUUCCUCUGAUGCGCACAUCCCAGAAAACCGUGUUAAUGCUGCAUCCCACAGUAAAUUGGAGGCAAGUAGGGGCUCGUAUGAUGAGUCUUUGAUUCGAGAGCAGCUCAGUCGCAAUUACAGCUUUUUGGGUGAAGAGGGCAUGAAGACGAUUCGUGACAGUUUUGUCAUUGUUGUUGGUGCUGGUGGCGUUGGUAGUUGGACAGCGCUUAUGCUUCUUCGCUCAGGAGUAGGUCACAUCCGCAUAAUUGACUUUGACCAAGUGUCUCUUUCAUCGUUGAAUCGACACGCGUGUGCCACUCUGGCGGAUGUUGGUCGCCCCAAGGUUGUGUGCUGCCAGCAGUAUUUCCAUCGGGUAGCGCCGUGGGCUGACAUUGAGGCCUAUGUUGACUUAUUCCGCGAAAGUGAUGCUGAUCGUCUUCUUGCCGGAUCACCGACCUAUGUUGUGGAUGCUAUCGAUAACCUCGACACCAAAGUUGAGCUAAUCAAGUACUGCGCUUUGCGUAGAAUCAAAGUGUUUUCGUCGAUGGGUGCGGGCGCUAAGGCAGAUCCAAGUCGCGUGCAGAUUAGCGAUAUAUCUACCACGGCCGAAGAUCCACUUGCCCGUGUAGUGCGACGCGAACUCCGAGUAGCUGGCAUUCCUCUUAUUCCACCUUCCGGCAGUGACGAGUCUAAGAUGUCCGCCAAAACGUCGAUUGAUUCCAAUAAUGAGACCUCAUGGACGAUCCCCUGUGUAUAUUCGACUGAGAAAUCUAGCACUCAUCUUUUGCCGCUACCAGACGAAGAGUUUGAAAAAGGCGCUGUGAACGAACUUGCCGCUUUCGAAGACUUCCGAGUUCGCAUACUUCCUGUUCUUGGGCCUAUACCCGCUAUGUUUGGACUUGCCGCAGCAACUUAUAUUCUAUGUGAUCUAGCCAAGUACAAACUCGAGCCUUUACCCAUCAAGGGCCGGCGAAAAUUGUAUGAGAAACUUUUUGCCGAUUUGAACGUGACGGAAUCGCGGUAUCCAUCGCCGCCUGUUGACGAGAGAACGCAUACAUUACCAUCAAAUCGACGACCUCUGACUGACGAUGAUGUGCCUCCCAAUUAUCAUAUGGUCAACGAGAAGGGUCCGCCACCCAGGGUGCGAAUUCCAUUUAGUGUAAAUGACAUUGCAUAUCUCUUUGAAGAAGUUUUCCGUGGCCGAACUGUGGUUCCUCCAUUUGAAACGUUGUCGACCGGUCAAUUUCAACGCUGGGACCCCAGAUUGCCGCUAGAUUACAACAAUGUGGUCCUAUUCACUCGCCCACAGGCCCGUCGCCAUGAACAGCAUGUUUUAUCUUGCAAUGCAGAUCCGACUACCUACUGGGGGCCAGUUGUCAGUACAAAAGUUCAGCAGCGAAUCAAAGAAGAAUUGCGCAUGUCGCAUUGGCGCUAA